AUGAAUUUCAUCCCUUCAAUAAUAUUUGCACGAUUGAUUCGUCUUGGAUGGAUAAACAAUUAUUAUUUGGGGUUGCCUAAUUGGGGGCCUAAUUUACUCAUUUUUUUGAUGUUUUACAAUUAUCAUUGCGAGAAUUUUAUUACAAUUUCCACCCUCUUACAUCGUUUAAGUGUUAUUGCAAAACCUUUUGAUUACGAAAAGAGUUGGCGAUUAUAUCUUCCCCUUUGUGGAAUUCUUAUAUUUUUUGGUCCUUUAUUAUUCACAUAUCGUUUUGGAUAUUGGCCCUUACUUUUUGAAGUAAAUAAGGAUGCUUCUGUUGAAAUUGUGAUGAAUAUAAAAUCAGCUGAAGAGAGACCCUUAAUAACCAAUUAUAUGGUUAUGUUAAUGACAUCAAUUGGUUAUUUAUUUGUUAAUAUUCUUUUAAAUUUGGCUGUUUAUUUAAUUUAUCGCAAAAAACAGUCAAAUCUUCCAGCGAACACAGCUAACGAUAAAAGUUCUCGUCUUUUAGUUUAUACAAUUGCUAUUUUCUCUGCACAAUUUCUUUUAUGUCUUUUUUGGCUUCUUCUAACAAUUCAAGUACUUGGACAAAUUUUUACAACAAAUUUUAAUUUAAUACUUUCGAAUCAGUAUAUUUGGUUAAGUGAUCUUCGAACAGUUGCAUUCCCUGCAUGGUUUCUUCUUUGGGCAUCAACUGAAUUAAAUGAUAAAAUUAGACAGAAAUUUCCUUGGAUACCCACAUUCAAAUCAUCUAAAAUCAAAGUACUCAAUAAUUCUGUUCAAGCAAUGGGUGUUGGAGGAUUAGCUAAAGUAAAUGUAGUAAACCCUGUUCGAUCCUAUUCAAGUUCAAAUUCUCAAAUAUCGCCAAAUAAAAGACAAAGUGUGCCGAUAUAUGCAGGAAUUCAGAAUAAUAUUGAAAAUUGUGGAAUUAAUGGAUGUGAAUUGAGAAACUAUUGA